AUGUCAUUGGCACCUUACUGCUAUAGACCACUUACGCCUCCAGAGGCUGCUGGAGCUGCUGGUCAGCACAGCCAUACUCGCAAUGUAUCUCGCUCGUCCUACUUUACAGUCGACAACUCGCCCGAGUCGAUAAUUACUGCUCGUAAUACAACUCCAUGUCGAUCGCCAGUUCUUCGUCAACAUGGCCCGACUUUGCUUCCCAAGAUCAGGACCCAGGACACGUCUCUCGAGCCUCCAUUCGCUCAUCGACCAUCCACCCACCGAAGGAGCUCGUCGACCGUCGCCAAAACCUCCAAGCAUGCUCGACCUACCAUGUACAGGAGUGCAACAGAGCCUGUUGAGUGUACGUCCUUGAUCUCACCAGUCUCGAAUGCGCCUUACUCGCGAUCAAACUCGCUCAACCCCUCUCCCGGGCUGGCCAAAGCACAGCUCAGUGUCCCCAUUAGGACGCAUUCCCGCUCGACUUCUGCAUCGAGCAUCAACAGCGACGUCCUGAAUCGUUUUGGCUAUCCUACCUACCGUCAGAUGCCCGUCUACAUGUCUCAAAAUCAACAAACCCCAUCUCCAGACCUCUUCGCCACCAACUUUAUGCCAUAUACCAAUGCUCCCAUGCCCGAGCCUCCAAUUAUCAAUCUGGAGGGUACGUUUGACAUGCCAAUUGAUCUUGAUACGAUCUCAAGAAACUGCUCGAUGAGUCCUCCUCCCAUGUUGCCGCCCGUCUCAACGAUCAGUAUGCUCAGCUACUUGACCCAACCAACACAGCCAAUCAACCUAGUUCGCCACCUCACCUUCCAAACCGGCCGUGGUCUAACCAACCACUUUUGGUGGGAUAUCCGCAAUAUUCGACCCUGGAAAUCGUUUUCGCUGCAGACUAUGUCUGCAAUUCCUGAUCUCCUGACGCUACUUAACUUCGAACACGAUAAAGCUUGUCUGCCCCUGAUUAGCUUCAACGCGAACACUGUGACACCUGCUUCUGAAGCCGAUCUCGCCAAUCUCAUUUCCAAGAUCUACUUUCCUAAGAUCAACGCUGCUACACGGCUGUCCCUCGGGAACAACUCUGUCGCUCUCUACCCAGCCCCAGCCCCGACUAGCUCUGGGUUGUCCGCCAACUCCGCCAACAUUCCCAACUUCCUUGCCAACUACCCGAGUGACAAUGACCGCACACUAUCGGGACUUCCGCGAGGCCGCGUUGUAGGCUUGGUCCGUUCUUUCGAUCGCUGGAACACAGGCAUGCGUCGUGAAGGCCCUGCCCGCAAGGUCGAGUACCUACGCACCCUGGCGCAUCUGCAGAAAUGCAUGCGAGACCAUAGCUGUCGUUACGGCUUCAUCAUCACAGAGAUCGAACUCGUCUGCGUCCGUGCCGGAUGUGACGAUCGCGGUCAUCCAUACUUCGGCUACCUUGAAGUCGCGGAGGCGGUGGAGACCAAAACUUUUGCUCGCAACGGGAACGAGACAGAUGGAGAAGUGAACAUGACUGUCACCUUGGCUCUGUACUAUCUGCUGAUGCUGGCCAAAGCGACGCCUUUGCCCGGCCAGCCGGCUAGCUUUAUGGACGUAGGUGGUGCUGGAACACUCAGUCGACAAAGAGUCUGGGAUGGUGGGAACGGCGGUAGUGUUAUCACGGUCGAUGAGGAUGGCGAUGUUGAGGAGUUGGGAAAAGACGGCAAGGACAAGUGGAUUCCUGAACCGCAGAUGGGGGAGAAAAGGGAGGCCAGGACGGUCAGAGGAUGGGUGUGGCCUAGCGACCCCUGGCACAAGAGGGAAGGGGAGCGCGAGCAAUUCGUCGAGUUCUACUACAAGACCUUCGACCAGGAUCGCACACAGCUGGCUGCUCUCUACAGAGACAAGUCCAUGCUUACAUUCGAGAAAGACCCGUUCUUGGGGACACAAUCUAUUCUUGAGAAGUUGACGAAUCUACCGUUCCAAAAAGUCCAACACCGAGUCGACACGACGGAUGCGCAACCCUCCAAUGAGCAAGGAGGCAUCUUGGUCAUGGUGACUGGUGCAUUGCUGGUCGAUGAUCAACAACACCCGAUGAGCUACGUCCAGGUAUUCAACCUGCACCCCGAGGGUGGCAGCUACUUCGUGUUCAACGACGUCUUCAGACUGGUGUAUGCUGCAAGCGGAUAG